GCCAAAAAAUGGCGUCAGACCAGUUUUCCGUUAAGGAUUUCAAGGGAUCUGUAGAGGAGAUGAGCAUUAAAAGUGUACUGGGUAUCAUUUGCACAAAAACAGUUUCUCCUGUGCCUAAGUUCCUCAAUUUAAUUAUAAAAAACAGUAAUGCUAUUGCAGGGAAGUCGUUUAGCGAUGCUUCAGUGUAUCUUCAACUAAAUCAUGAAAGUGGUGAGGCUGCAGGUUAUAUAAGUAAAUUUCCAGAGUGUGGACUCGUUUACAUGAAGGACAUUUUAAAUAAUUCUGUCCUUGAAGAUUUUCAAAAAAGGGGAGUAGACGCCAUCGAGAUGCAUUCAGAUGUUUGUCGUCAACCAUUCUUAUCAUUGUUGGGAUUUCUUCGUGGACGUGAACAACAUGAAAGGUCACUUAGGAGACUAAUCACAUCCACUCUGCCAACAAGUGGAAAUAAAGAAACUCAGAUUAUGGUUGCAUUGGCCCAACACCUGUUUUCUCAAUUGGUGCCAGGCAAGGAGUACGAGGUUGAUAGAUAUGCAAAGCAACUUCCAACAAAAUGUGGCUGUGGCUGUAAGGCCAAGAUUUGUGCAGGAAACACCUCAUUAGGGUCAGAAAGGACGUGGCAUGGCAGAGUAGACAUCCUCCUGAACAAUACUGUUGCAGUGGCACUUGGGAAGGAACAGACAGACAAAUGUGAAGAGGAAGAUGAUGGUGCAAGUGGUGAACCUGAAAGAAAACAAAGAAAGAUAGAAACUGGUAAAAAAUGUAACAUUUGUGUUGAAGUGAAAACCAGCAGAAGACAUGAAAAUGUUCUUCUGGAUCAAAAGGUUUUAGAACAAGUCAUAGCUGAAGCUAUAACAAAUGGAUUUGCUCAAGUUAACAGUAAUAGGAGUGCACUGUCACAUUUCUUAAUUCCAACUAUUGGAACCACAUCUGAUCAUGUUUCUAUUUGUCUUUAUGACCCAGAAAAUGACAUCUUGCUGUACAUAAAGGAACAGCUUGAGUUAUGGUCUCCAGGGACAAAAAAGAACCAGCUAAAUGUUUUUACCAUAAUUGUCAUUUGGAUUUUCUUGAAUUUUACUUUUUUAACCCGGAAAAAUUUUGCUGCUAUAGUAGAUCUUGACAAGUCUGGAUUACAUGCAGAUUUACAGCAAGAUCUUUACUAUUACAAAAAGGCAAGAGCAAAGGAAAAUUUUAUUUCAUCAACAACUAAUGAAGCAUUGUGGAAAACAAUCGUAGAACAACCAAGAGUGCCAAAAGAACCAACCAAAGAUGAUCCCCCGGUAGUGUAAACUUAAGUACAAAGUCUUAGACUUUUUUCGAUUAUGCAUUGAGUCAUCAAAUGAAAAUUGUUAUAUGGCUUUUUGUUGGGAGGGUACAGAUUAAGUUCGAUUCCCGGCUGUCUUUGACCUUUCUUGACAGAGUUAUGCCCCCUUGAACUUAGAAAAUUCUCUGGAAAUAUUAUUUUUCGACCUUUUUAACUCACCUGCCCGAAAGGCAAGUGAGCUUAUGCCCUGGCGUGGCAUCCGUCGUCUGUCAGGUGUCAACUUUUCUUUUAAACAACUUCUUCAGACUAACUUAAAAGCAUAGGGUAAUGAUAUUUGGCAGGAAGCUCUACCAAGUUUUGGAAAAGAAAUGACUUUGACCUUUAUUCAAGGACACAGAGGUCAAAUUUGUUAAAACCUUUAAACGACUUCUUCUGAAAUACUGGAAGGCCUAGAAUCAUUAUAUUUGGCUGAAAGGUUCCUUUGAUGAAGCCCAAGAAAGUUUGCGAAAGGAAAUGACCUUGACCUUUAUUCAAGGUCACAGGAACCAAAUUAGUUGAAAACAUUGAAACGACUUCUUUUGACAAACGGAAAAGCAUAGAGUAAUGAUAUUUGGUAAGAAGGUUCCUUGAAAAAAAUUCUAUAUAGCUUGGAAAAAGAAAUGACCUUCAGCUUUAUUCAAGGUCACAGGGAUCAAAUUUGUUAAAACCUUUAAACGAUUUCUUUUGAUUAACCGAAAAGCAUAGAGUAAUGAUCUUUGGUAGGAAGGUUCCUUUGAUGAAGCCCAACAAAGUUUGCAAAAAGAAAUGACCUUGACUCAUACUCAAGGUCACAGAGGUCAAAUUUGUUUAAACCUUUAAACGACUUCUUUUAACUAACAGAAAGGCAUAGAGUAAUGGUAUGUGGUAGGAAGGUUCCUUGAUUAAAGCUCUACAAAGUUUGCGAAAAGAAAUGAACUUGACCUUUAUUCAAGGUCAAAGGGGUCAAAUUUGUUAAAACCAUCAAACAACUUCUUCUGAUUAAUCAAAAGGUUUGGGAGCAUGAUAUUAAGUAAGAAGGUUCCUUGGAUGAAGCCCAACAAAGUUUGCGAAAAUAAAUGACCCUGACCUUUACUGGAUGUCAUAGGGGUAUAAUUAGUUAAAAACCUUUAACAACUUCUUCUGAGUAGCCGAAAAGUUUUGGAUCAUGCUAUUUAGCAGGAAGGUUCCUUGGAAGAAGCCCUACAAAGUUUGUGAAAAGAAUUCAACUUUUAUUCAAGGUCACAGGGGUCAAAUAUAUGAAAACCUUCAAAUGACUCCUCAUUGUCAUGUAUCAGAUGAGCAAUUCAGGCCCAUUGGCCCCCUUUUUUGGGUUAUGCUUUGAGUUAUCAAAAUGAGAUGUUGUAUGUAGCUACUUGAAGGAAGAUUACAGAUUAAGUUUGAUUCCUGGCUGUCUGUGACCCUUCUUGGCAGAGUUAUGGCCCUUUGAACUCAAAUUCUUUGGGAAUAUUGUUUUCUGGAAUUUUCUUGGUUAUGCUUUGAAUUAUCAAAUUGGAGUUCUGUAUAUGAGUUCUUUGUCAAAAGUUACGAACUUAGAUCGCUUCUUGGCAGUGAUAUGUCCCUUUGAACUUGGAAAAUUUCUCAGGAAUAUUGCUUUGCGCAGUUUUCCCCUUAUGCAUCGAGUUAUAGAAAUAAAAAUUGGUAUUAUGACAUUAUGGUUGAACUUAACUCAUCAAGUUCGAUUUAUGGAUGACCGUGACACUUUGUGCAGGUGACACAUAUAGUUCCGAGGAACUCUUGUUGACUUAAUUAGCUCACCUGCUUUAGGCACGAAGGGCCAUGCAAGUUUUUGCCAAUUGUCUAACCAUUGGCCUUUCAAUAGUUGUCAUUUCACCUGGUCUUAAGGACUGAUAAGCUUAGCACAUGCCAUACUGCUGUGUCUGUUUUUCCAGGGUUGUGCAUUGUCCGACAUAUGUCUGUUAACAAUGAAAAUUUAAUUUGAAGCUUUCAGAUUCCUGAACUAUUGGAAAAAUAUGAAGGAUAUGAAGUAAACAUAUUCUUAUUUUUAUGUAAAGUGAUUAUUGUAGGCCUAUACAAUUAUAAAGCCUUCAUGUCAUACAUGCUAAAUGAUAGAUGAAAAGACUGUCAAAUUUUUAGUAAAGUUCCAAUGGUACAGAUUUUGUAUAAAUGAUGGGUGUCUGCCCAGUAGGACAUGAGUGAUGGGGCCCAAAAGGGGAUAUUUUGCAAUUUCUUUAAAAUCCUAUCCUCCAGUAGAAUGGUUAUUGCCUAAAGUACCCUUGGGUGAAGAAGAAUACAUUUUGUAUAAACAGUUUAUUUUGGCCAU